AGAGCCCGAACGGCUCUGAUGAAUGCCAAGGCACAUUACAUUCCACUGCAUUGUCAUACCGCGUUGGAUAGACCCAUCGCAGCGGAUACUAUUAUAAGUGUGCUGAAGUCCCUUCCGUACUGCAUGGAUAUCUAGAAUCGAACAGAAAUGCAGUGCUAUCGCUAGCAGCAAGCCUCGUCGCAACCAAAUAAGAUGUUCCGUGUCGCUCCAAUAGCGCCAUGCUGAAUCGCAAACAUAUGCUCGUAUCCUUCGUGAGCCAUAUCAAGUUUUGUAUAUCUUAGUCGCAAUCACCACCAUCCUGGUGAAGAGCCGACAUAGUCAGCGUCUUUCUUUUUCUCCAUCAUCCGUUCGAUGUCGGCCUGGGUCAUGACCUUUACGGGAGGCGUAGUCGCUGGCGUCGAACUCCCGCUUGACGCACUUUUCGCAGGCGAUGUGCCUCUGGCGAACCCAUGGAAAAUGUUGCCAAGCACUGUUGAAGAGUUUGGAGAAGUCAUUGGCUGUAGAUGCGCAUGCGACAGAGAUCGCGGUGCCUGCGAUCGUUGUGCUCGAGGCUCGUUGAGAGCGGAUUGGACUGCGGCUGUCUGGGCUUUGGCUCGCUGCUCCUGUAUAUGUGCUAGUCGCUUUGCUGCCUCGGCUUGCUCACGCUCUUCAAAGUACUGCGCCUGCAUAGAGUCGAUUGGGAACAUGACGGCGGUGGCGCGGAAUGCGGAACUUGAUGCGAAAAUACUUCAGUGGUCGGUGUCAGAUCCAGUUCAGCCGGAGACGAUUAGAAAUGCGUGCCUCUUGUCCAACUGACGACACCCUCCUAGGUGCUCACUGCCCAGACCUGGCGGUCCCGAUACCAAAACGAGGAGUUACGACGUCGCGAAAGGCGAUGGUAUACGUGCGGCGAAGCGGAGGGCGGAGAGCGGAGGGCGUCGGUUCUCUCCUCUCGCAGCGCAAUCCCGUCAACCCGAAUGUUCCUGGUUCGUGUACCUUUGUCUUUCCGAUGAAAGAAGAUGCGAUUCGUCUUCGUUACAGGAACAAAGCAGAAAAUUUGUCGGCGGACGUUUGGAACGGUGAUGAGAGUCGCGCAGUCCGGAAUCGUGGAAUUUCUGUUUUGGGUGGGGUGACAUGGUCGAAGUCAGCGAAGUUAUGCAUGGAAGUUCGCGUGCCUGCUUCCGGCAGUUCUAGAAGCGCAACAUCCGAUAACACCCUCGUACAUAUCUUCACCGAAGCACAUCGCACACUCCCGAAGUAUCAUGGAAGGCAACCUCGGGUGCGCCGGACACUCACGUUUUCCGCUUUUGGGGUAUCAUAA